AUGUCGACCAGCUCAAGAGAGAACACUCUCGGCACCGGGCGUCACGGCCUUGGGAAACGCCAUGUCCUCCCCGACAACUUCCGCAACCUGGUCGUCCUCACCGUUGGCGAGUUCUUCGGCACCUUCAUGUUCCUCCUCCUCUCCUUCAUCGGCACCCAGACUGCCCUCAACACCAAUGAUCCCAGCGACCCCAAGGCCCCCCUCAUGCCCUUCUCCCUCCUCUACAUCGCCGCCUCCUUCGGGUGCUCCCUCGCCGUGAAUGUAUGGAUCUUUUACCGUGUCACCGGCGGAAUGUUCAACCCGGCUGUAACACUCGGUCUUCUCCUCGUCGGAGCCGUGUCACCCAUUCGUGCUCUAUGCAUCGUCCCUGCCCAGCUCGUUGCCGGUAUCGCAGCAGCUGCCGUGACAGAUGGCCUCCUGCCCGGUCCCCUGGGUGUAGCCAAUGCUCUGAGCAACGGCACCAGCAUUGUCCAGGGCCUCUUCCUUGAGAUGUUCCUCACCGCGCAGCUCGUCCUCACCGUCUACUUCCUCGCGGUCGAGAAGCAUAGAGCCACCUUCCUUGCCCCCAUCGGCAUUGGCAUCUCCGUCUUCAUUGCACACAUUGCUGGCACAAACUUCACCGGCACCUCCAUCAACCCUGCCCGAUCCUUCGGUCCCGCUGUCAUCACGGGCUUCGUCGGGUAUCACUGGAUCUACUGGCUGGGCCCCUGCAUGGGCGCUGUCCUCUCGUUUGGCGUGUACUCACUCAUGAAGUGGCUAGAGUACCACACCGCCAACCCUGGCCAGGAUGACGCAGACGUCGAGGCGGGAAAGACGCUUCUUCCAGCCGGCCCGCUGUCCCCUGUUGCAGUUGUCGAGUCCGAAGGUAAGCCCCGGCCCACAACUGGCAGGAAUGACAGCGUCAUGGACGGCCAGGUGCACCACGAUGGUGUGUCUCAGGUUUGA